AUAUCAAAACAACGUGAACAUUCUCCGCCUUACUUCUAUAUAUAUCAAGACGGCACCGUAAAACAACUUUCGAUUUCUAAAUUUGCAGAAGAAGAAGAAAGGGAAGAGAACACAGGUUGGCGUUUAUAAUCUGCCCAUGGGAGAAGAAGAAGAAGGAGGAGGAGGAAAGGAAACAAAGAAAAGCUCUGAGAAUGGAAAAGGAUCAACGGAAGAAAAUCAACAAGAAGAAGAACAUGUGUUGAAGUUCCUGGAUUCGAUGGACAGCUAUCUAGUUCUAAUGGAAUCCUUAUCUUCAACUCUUCGUCAGGGAUGGCUGGAGUUAGCCAGUGCUCGACAUUCCAUGGGUACUUCACGUGUCAAUGGUGCCUUGUUUGACCUGAAAUACCACUCUGCAGCGACAUCAUUGGAAAUUAAUCAUGAUGAUGCUGGCUCCAUGACAGAACAACCACAUUUCAUGUUGUGCAAAUGGGAAUCCCCUACUAAUCAGAAGUGCUGCCCAGGGGAAUCAAAAUUUGAGGAGGAUGACUUAUUAUGGAGGAAAUCUAAUAAUCAACAGCUUCGGCAUCGUGGUUCAUCCCAGUAUUCUGAAAUUCAGGAGACAAGACCAGAAAGUGAUGGAUCUCCGCCUACAGUUGACACCCAAGUUCAGAAAGAACGAUCCAAAUCACUAUCUAUGUUCGGAACUUUGGUUUCUCCUAAGCUUCGAGCUGCCCAACUUUCAUUUGAGACAGCUCUGGAGACGCUUGUAGAAGUAGCAAACAUGCGAUCAUCAAUCCUAUGUGCUUAUGAUCAAGUGCAGAAAGAGCUUGACAGCACCUGACUGCACCUCAUGCCCCUUUUUCCAUGUAUUGUAGAAGUGUUACGUGUGUACUACUGACGGGCUUUUUUUAUGGUUCAUGAUUAUCCUCCAUUAUCGCAUUGUUUUACUCCGGUGCUAAAUAAUAAAUGAUGUGC